GUCAGCUGUAGCGUUGCGCAUUAUGAAUUUGAUACAUGUUAUUAUUUUUCCAAUGACACUGGUUUGAAGAUAAUGCUUUAGUUCAACGACUAAGUCAAAUACACACAAACCUUCUUUUAGGUUAAUGGAUGACACUCUAAAUAGUCAUUGCAGUAAAUUGCCUAGUUUUUGUCACUUAAAAGAAGAUGAAUGUGGAGGAUCAUCAGGAGAUUCAUCUUCUGACGAUGAAACUAUCUUAGAUAACGAGAUCGCAGAAGAUCAAAAAGCUGGACAGCAGUCCACUCAACCAUCACUAGGACUAGUUGACGAGGAAAAUAUUCUCAUACUUCCCUCAGAAGACGAGGGGGAGAAAACUGACAGCGAUGUGAACUCACACAAAAGUCAUUCGGAAUCAAAAAAAUCCUCCUGUGAUUCUCAUAUUAAGAAUAAAACAAUCAAUGAAUCAGCAGCAGGAGUGAGUAGACAAGCUUCCAAGAAACGCAAAAAGAAGCGACAGUUGACAGUAAAUCUUUCGAAUUGCAAGUAUGAAUCAGUUCGCAGGGUUUUGAAAAGAUAUGGCUUUCGAGAAACAGAAGAUGAUGAAGACUGGUGUCUUUAUUGGACCGACUACUCUGUUAAUAUAGAUAGGGUCUUGGUUAUGAAACAGUGGCAGAAGAUAAAUCACUUUCCUGGAAUGUCAGAAAUAUGUCGCAAAGACAGUUUGGCACGUAAUUUAAAUCGAAUGGUUCGAUUGUUUCCUAAAGAUUAUAACAUCUUCCCUAAAUCUUGGUGUCUUCCAUCUGAUUGGAAUGAAAUACAAAAUUAUGCAAGAAAACAUAAGAGUAAAACGUACAUUUUAAAGCCAGAUAAUGGAUGUCAAGGUCGUGGUAUUUAUAUCACUAAAAAUGCUAAAGAUAUUCGACCAUUGGAAAAUAUGAUUUGUCAAGUGUAUAUAUCUAAGCCUUUUCUUAUCGAUGGAUAUAAAUUUGAUAUGAGGAUAUAUGUUCUGCUGACUUCGUGUGAUCCACUGCGUUUAUUUGUAUUUAAAGAUGGUUUAGUGCGCUUUACUACAUGUUCAUAUGCUGAACCAAAUCAACGUAAUGUACAUGAUAUGUAUAUGCAUUUAACUAAUUAUGCUGUACAAAAGCAUAGUGAUAGUUAUAUUAGAGAUAAUGAAGAAGGCGGUACAAAACGGCGUAUUACAACACUCAAUCGAUGGUUUACAGAUAAUGGUUAUGAUGUUAAGAAAAUUUGGGAUGAUAUAGAUGAUGUAAUCAUUAAGACAGUACUAUCUGGUUAUGCUAUAAUUAAACAUAAUUAUAGAACAUGCUUUCCAAAUCAUAUACAAACUUCAGCUUGUUUUGAAAUUCUUGGUUUCGAUAUAAUGUUCAGUCAUAGAUUGAAGCCGUAUGUACUAGAAGUGAAUCAUUCGCCAAGUUUUACAACAGACAGUAAAUUAGACAAAGAAAUUAAAGAGGCUAUGCUAUGGGAUGCUGUACAACUUGCACAUUUUACGGCAAUUAGUAAGAAAAAAUGUUGUGAUGAAGAAAGAAAGCGUAUUCGAAAUCGUUUGUUACACAAAAGUGGAGAUAAAGAACAUAGAUAUUCAAUAGAAAAGGAGAUUGAAAGAUACCAAGCACUGAGUGAAAAAUACGAAAAUUCCCAUAUGGGUAAUUUUCGUCUAAUUUAUCCAUCAUCUGAUAUGGAGAAGUAUUCACCAUUUCUUAAUCCAACUGCAACAUUUUAUCAAGAGACAGUUACAUAUAAAGUGAGAAGUGAAUGUGCAAGACAACUCAGAGAGGAAAUACGCAUGAAACAAGAAAAACUAGAUAUAAUUACAAAUAAGCAUAAAGCAAGUCAAUCUGAAAGUCCAGCGCCUAAACGAUUGAAAAUUAAAACAAAUACUUCACUGUCAAGGGGAAUCAAAUCAAGCCAUAAACAUGGUGAAAUUAAUGACUCUAAUCAGCUGAUCCAUAUUAAUCAAGAUCACUUUGUAACUAAUAAAGGAGAUAUACAAAACCCCGAACUGUAUAACCAACAAAUGGAUAAAGUAGAGGAACAAGAACAGAAAUAUCCUACCACUGAAUGUAUAAAUAUGCCAAUAGGCAAUGAAGAUAAUCAGAUAUUGCCUAAUACCUUAUUAGAUAAUAAAGAUGUUUAUUUCAUUGAUACUAAAUUACCUCAGCCUAUAUUUGAUCAUGAAGAAAUUGAACGGAAGAAUGAAUUAAAAAAACGUGAAAUUCUAAUGCAUAAAAUUGGUCUAAUUUCAAUGUUGAAUGAAGUAUUUACACAGUGUGCACAAAUACAUCCUGAAAAUCUAAGCAAUCAGAUGAAUAAAAAGUUUACAGCUUUCAAUAAUCAUGAAGGUAGUCAGAAAAAAAUUCACCAACCUCAACAAGAUAUAAAUGACAAAAAGGAGAGGGUUUUGAAUGUUUUAAAGCCAACAGCAGCAUGGAAAAACCGUACACAAUUAUUACGAAGGCAAGGAUUCUGGAUUAGAAAUCAACAACACGAAAAUUCUUCUCAGAUAAAAUUGGACACUUCACUCGACGUGUACCAAACUCCUACUUCAGGCGAUAAUUCAAAAAUAUUCGGUGCCCAGAAUACCGAAAAUAAACCAUCUACCGGUCAUAAUACUGAAAACUUUUCUAUACAACCAACGGAUAGAAAUCAUUUCAUGCAUUCAGAUCAGCCAUUAUUAUGCGCUAAUCCUGUCUUCGGUUCCCUACCAUCUCAUCAAUCUCAAAUACAAACAAAGCUUCAAAAACAUCAACAAUCUUAUCGUAUACAAUCGGAAAAUUUCUCCAACUCAGGUAUACAUUCAAAUACCUCCUCACAAAUACAUCAAAUCACUGGUCAAAUGAGUCAAAAUUUACUCCUAACCACUGAUGGUAAUAAAUACACAUUUCCAACCUCCACUCUCUUAACAUCAAAUCAUAAUUGCAAUGAUUCAAUUAGCAUAGGUGUAAAGACCUAUCAACCGAUUAGAAAUGUAUCGUCUAACAGAACAACUAAUUCAUCUAAUACACCUUUAAAAAUGAAUAUAACUAAUGGUUUUCUACCAUCAAGAGGUAUACGAUCUCAAUCAGCAAUGAAAUCAAAAUGUACCCUAACAGAUUUAACAAACGAUAAUAACAAUAAUUAUAAUAAUAACAAUAAUAGUAAUAUUUUCUAUUCUCAUAAUACAUCAAGACAGCAUAGUCAUAAUUCAUCUAUCAAAAGUGUCGCAUUUGACUUUCAAAAUUCAAGAACAAUGCACAAGGAUUCAACUCCAUUGCCUACAUUAGCUAAUAAUCAUAUGAUAACAUAUCAUCAUCACCAACAUCAUCAUCAUAAUAAUAACAGUAAUAGUACCAGUCCUCAUUUAAUUAUCAAUCGUUUAAUGCCUGCUGUUACAUCAGUCAAAUUAAAUCGUGUAAUCCGACGUAGUGCAAAUCAAGAACACCAUAGAACACCUGUUCAAUGA